UUUUAUCUGACGUUUCAACCUCCUUUGCGCUUGUUCGACAUUCCAUGCACCUUUUUUUCCUUUAAUUUUGGUCAGUUCUAUACCUUUUACACUUUUUGGCUUAACGAACGCUUUGUCCAUGCACAAGCACUUUUCAUUAGCCUUAUGCCAUGUAAAACUUUGCCGAGGACGACUCCUGUUCUCUGUCCUAAUAUUGGACUUCAAUCUGUUUUUGGUAUAUAUUUCUGGCAAUUGAAUCCGAGAAGAUUCCUCCCGUGUCACUGUUCAAUUUAUUGAACGGUUGAUAUUAUUUCUAACUUCUCGAUGUAUUUUGGGUCCUGCCAUAGCUAGGAGAGAAAUAUGAUUCGUUUUUUGGACUAUUUCUUGAACAUUCUUUAACUAAUCCCAACUAUCCAACGCAUGAACGUAAGGUUGCAUUGUGCGAAAUAUCUGGUUGUCGUCAAAUCAACCACUCCGCUCGCCUCAGAGCCAGGAGGAUCACUCUACAAACAAAUAAAUCAAUUCGAGAUACCUGCCCACCGCUCGGUGUGUCCCCCAAAAGCCGAAGAGCCCGAUUUUCCCUGUUCCGCAAAAACGCGGCAAGACCACCGCCGCCCGACGACCACUCCACUACCAAGAUUGCUGCCUAAGUCCCCCAAUCCUACAACCUUGGCCAAGCCCCCAACCACAUGAUCUCGUGUCUCCUCCGCGUCAUCCGCUAGACCACAUGCGGUAAAAUGGCAGGCGAAUUUGCGGAUUCUCGCGUCGGCUUCCCUGCGCGUGGCUGCCCGAUUUGCAGGUUUUUUUGCUAGGUUUGUUGGUUGCUUUGGUGAUGGUGCUAUGAUAGCCUUUGAAGGAUGAUUUUACUUUGUUUUUAUGACUCAUUGCGCGCUACGGUGGUUGGGAUUGGAAUUUGUGAGUUCAGGUUUCAAUCCUGAGCGGGUUGGGAGAGGGAAAAGCGGAUUGGAAUUGUCCCGUCUUGGUACUUUGGAGAUGUCAUUUGGCCGGGGAAGGAAAUCUGGCGAAAUGGUGGGGGGAUGAAUACGAAGUGUUGACCCCAGUUGAUGAGGUGGGAUGACGGGGUAUAAAGAGGACCCUGAUUCCUCCCUUCUGUCCAUAGGAUCCCUAUUCUCGUUCACCUCAGCAUCUCAAAUCAGAGCCUUAUAGAAUUGCUUCCUCUUUCAACCUUCUUCGAACCCCAAAGCACGGUACCUAACCCCAGCUCCCAAUACAUCAUGUCUGGCGAGUGGACUCCUCCCCCCUUCGGCGCCCCAUGCUGGGUGAACAUCCCCGUCAUCGACGUUGCCCGUGCCAAAUCAUUCUAUACCGCUGUCUUUAAUUGGACCAUCCCCCCCCUCCCCGCCAACCUCAAUGAGAAGGAUAUCGCCAUAUUCAGUUUUCCCAGUCACCCCAAGUCAGGAGCCCUGUGUGGUAGCUUUGAGCGCGUCGAUGCCAAGGUGCAUACCAAGGGCGACAGUGCCUUCAAGAUGUACUUUAUGGUUGAGGAUGAUAAGAAGACAGCUGAGGCAAUCAUCGCGAAUGGUGGGGCUGUGACUGGCGAGCGCACCCCGGAGGGGGAUCAUGGCUUUAUCACCCAGUGCCGCGAUACCGAGGGGAAUGGGAUUGGCAUCUAUAUCAACGAGAAAGAGUGCAGUGGGUAGACAGAUACGACCGAUUGACGGCCCAGGCGGGUUCAACUAGGCGUACUUGUUGCAGGGGAUAGUUUCGGGUUGUGUUGAUUGUUUUUCCAUUUCUCCUAUUCCCUUUUCUAUUCACCCGGGCUCUUUUUUUGUUGGCUCUCCAGUGCUCGUAAAGAACGACCAUGAGGUGGACGCAGAAGCAAGUAAUGAGUUUCAUAAUUUUGAACGAUAGUUAGUAUGAAAUAAGCUGAAUUGGUUUAUCUUAAUUUAAGGUACUGUUUGAAGCGAAUUCAUAAUAAUAAAUAAGUAUUUACCAACA